UUACUAGUAGCCAGAACCACUAUGGAUAAGCAUGUACAACGGCUACGACAAUUAUUCAUGCGACUGCGAGAACACGGCAUUUCCAUAAACAUUGAGAAAUGUGAAUUUGGGAAGGAAUCCUUACAGUUCUUAGGUCACGUUGUAACUUCUCAAGGCAUUACACCAAUAGCAACAGAAGUCCACACCAUCAGAAAUUAUCCACUACCCGACUUAUGGAAGAAAUUACGACGAUUUCUUUGGUUAGUAAAUUAUUAUAGACAAUUUAUUCCGAAUUGUGCGGCAAUAUUGCAACCAUUAACGGAUGCAUCACGGGGACACGCCCGGACAUUCCAUUUAUCACCAGAGGCGAUACAAGCAUUUGAGCACGCCGAAAAAGCACUAAACAAAGAAACGACACUAGCUAAACGAAAGAGCGAAACACCGUUAGAUAUCAUGACAGAUGCAUCGAAUGUGGCGGUAGAAGCCGUCUUACAACGGUUAGUAAACGGCACAUAAGAACCGCUUUCAUUCUUUUUCGAAUAGACUGGAUCCUACACAAACAAGAUAUAUUACUUUCGGAAGAGAACUGCCAGCAAUUAACUUAGCAACAAAACCUUUUCGACAUAUGGUGGAAGGUAUAAAUUUUUCUGUUUACACAGACCACAAAUCACUUACGAAAGCAUUAAGCGCAAAGCAAGACAAUUAUUUCCCUAGAGAGAUCCGACAGCUAGACUUCAGUCCACAGUUCACGUCCGACAUACGAUACAUUAAAGGACAAGAAAACGACGUAGCCGACGCACUGUCAAGAGCAAAGAUAAACACGCUUAUUGCAAAUAGAAUCGAUUAUAACGGUCUGGCAAAGCUACAAGAGAGAGACAUUGAAUUAAACAAGCUCAGAUCCGAUGAUACGACAUCAUUAGUGUUCGAAGACGUGUAGUUCGGUAACACGAAAGUAAUAUGUGAUACAUCGACAGGCCGACCGCGACCAUUUAUCCCGAAAUCAUUGCGACUUAAGAUAUUUGAAAGCAUGCACAAUAUAUCACACCCGGGAAUAAAAGCCACGAUAAAGCUGAUUAGUGAACGAUUAGUAUGGACAAACAUGAAUCACGAUGUGGGUGAUUGGACGCAAGCAUGUAUGAAGUGUCAAAAAGUCAAAAUACAUCGUCAUACUAGCUCCGCAGUGGGUCCAUUUUCUCACCCAGACACUAGAUUUGAACAUAUACACAUCGAUAUCGUAGGACCACUGCCUUUUUCGAAUGGAUACAAUUAUAUCUUUCCACAAUGGCCUGUAGCGAUACCGAUAAAAGACACCUCAGCCGAGUCAGUAGCCAAAGCCCUAGUUGAAAAUCGGAUUUCUUACUACGGCGUAUCAGCGACAAUCACAACUGAUAGAGGAGCUCAAUUCGAAAGUCGACUCUUUCAGCAGCUUACAGAACUCCUCGGUAUUAAACGUAUCCGAACAACAUCUUACCAUCCAAUGGCAAACGGAAUAGUCGAAUGCCUGCAUAGGCAAUUGAAAUCGUCUCUUACAUCUGUCAUGGUCAACAACGAUUGGUCUAAUAAGUUUCCUCUAGUAAUGUUAGAUCUAAGAGCAACAAUUAAACAGGAUAUGGGAUGUUGCCCAGCUGAUUUGGUAUAUGGAACUACUCUACGUUUACCCGGAGGAUUUUUCGCUUCAGGUAAGCGUUCCGACUGAUGUAGCCAACUACGUGCAACGCCUCAAGAAGCUCAUGAACGAUUUAAAAAUAACACCUUCCAGACCACAACAACGACGAGUGUUCAUACCGCAAGAACUACAUAACAGCACUCACGUAUUCAUCAGAAGAGAUAAUGUACAACCACCUUUGCAACCGAAUCACGACGGUCCAUUUAAAGUGAUAGCGAGGACAGAUAAAACACUUACCAUAGAAAAAGCUGAGAAGAUAGAUGUAAUCAGCAUCGAUUGAGUGAAAUCAGAUUUCAUCGAUAGCGAUAUUCAAUCAACAAGUACAAACUCCCCGAAGAUGGUCAAACCAACAAAACACGAGUCUCAAGAAUCAACGAUGCUAACGCAGCAAAAAAAACGGGACUCCGGUAACAACAAGAUCUGGCUACAGAGUAAGACGGCCUCAACGCUAUAUUGCUACGAUUUUCUAUUGGUAAUUUUCUACUAUUUUAAAUAUUAAUUAUAACACUUCCACUUCAUUGUAUCCAUAUGGAUAAUUAAGUUCAACUGACUACUUGAGAGAGAACGCAAGAGUUAGCGAGAAAAUAUAUUGGACCACUGAAUGACAUGAACAAA